AUGGGGUCCCUCUCCGGCGUCUUCGUCAUCAUCCGCCUGGUCCACAAGAUCUUCGCGACUAUGGGAGACCUCGGCGUCGACGACUACUUCAUCCUCAUCACCCUCGGCUCAGGAAUCCCCGGCACCGUCAUCAACUCGGUGGGCUUCGUAGGGAAUGGACUCGGUCGGGACAUCUGGACGGUUCCGUUCGACAGGAUUACCGACUUCGGGUACUGGUUCUUCGUCAUGGAGCCCAUGUAUUUCGCCCAAGUGACGCUGCUGAAGAUGUCGCUCCUCUUCUUCUACAUGCGCAUCUUCUCUCACAACAAUAUGUGCAAGAAGCUCAUCUGGGGAACAGUCGCGUUCAACGCCGUCUUCGGAUUGACCUUCAUCUUCGUCGCCGUCUUCCAAUGCACGCCGAUCAGCUUCUACUGGACCAAAUGGGAUGGAGAGACCCCGGGAACGUGCUUGGAUAUCAACGCCAUUGCGUGGGCCAACGCCGGCAUCUCGAUCGUGCUGGAUUUCUGGAUGCUUGCGCUCCCCCUCUCCCAGAUCAAGAGUCUCAACCUGCACUGGAAGAAGAAGAUUGGAGUCGCCAUGAUGUUCUUCGUCGGUACCUUCGUCACCGUCGUCAGCAUCCUGCGCCUGCAGUCCCUCGUCGCCUUCGCCAAGUCUCAGAACCCGACAUGGGACCAGUUCGAAGUCGCGACGUGGUCCACAGUCGAGAUCAACACGGGCAUCAUCUGUGCCUGUAUGCCCUCGGUCCGCAUCAUCCUCGUCGGCUUCUUCCCCAAGCUGCUCGGCACCACGCGGCGCGGCACCUCGGCCGCCGCAAAGUACUACAUCCAAUCGAGCGGCAACCAUGGCGGCACCACCGGACGCAGCAGGGCCCGCACCUUCGGCAACGAGGCCAAGAUCAAGACGGUCGACCGCGAGUCCGGGCUCUCCAGCCCCAACGGCAUCAUGUACACCAAGGAGUACACCGUCGACUACCACGACGAAACUAGCCUAGUGCACAUGCGGGAGCUAGAGGCAUCGAGUUCGAAGACGGGGAGGAGCGGGUCGCCGUUUUGA